UCAGCUGACCCUCCGUAGACAUCUUUGAGAGUCACGACUGCGGCGAUUAAUUCAAAGCUCUUCUUCCUCUGAGACUCUCCGGACCCGGGCGGAUCUCCCUAACACCCGCAGCCAUGGCGCUCAGCGAUGCCGACGUUCAGAAGCAGAUCAAGCACAUGAUGGCCUUCAUCGAGCAGGAGGCCAACGAGAAGGCAGAGGAAAUCGAUGCAAAGGCGGAGGAGGAGUUCAACAUCGAGAAGGGCCGUCUGGUUCAAACCCAGAGGCUGAAGAUAAUGGAGUACUACGAGAAGAAAGAGAAGCAGAUCGAGCAACAGAAGAAAAUUCAAAUGUCCAACCUGAUGAACCAGGCUCGACUGAAGGUCCUGAAGGCCCGAGAUGACAUGAUCUCCGAAAUGCUGAAUGAGGCUCGCCAGCGGCUCGCUAAUGUCGCAAAAGACCCGGCGAGGUAUCCCUCUCUCUUGGAUGGAUUGAUCUUACAGGGAUUCUAUCAGCUUCUGGAGCCCAAGGUGACGACCCGCUGCCGUAAACAGGACGUGCAGCUGAUACAGGCGUCCAUCCAGAGGAACAUUCCCAUCUAUAAAGAAGGUGUGAAGAACAACCUGGAGGUCCGCAUCGACCAGGACAACUUCCUCUCCCCUGACAUCUGUGGAGGGAUUGAGGUCUAUAACAGCAACGGGAAGAUCAAGGUGGCCAACACUCUAGAGAGCAGGCUGGACCUCAUGGCUCAGCAGAUGAUGCCUGAAAUCCGAGUGGCUCUGUUUGGCGCCAACCCAAACCGCAAGUUCCUGGACUGAGUCGCCGUAUCAGAGGAAAACGGAAAAUCCCCCUUUUUAUUUUUUAUGUUGUCAAAUGAAAGACGUCAUUCCUCGUGUCUGUGAAGCGACGGAAUCUCCGACGCCGAAGAGUCGCGUUGUUGUUGUGUGAUGUGUUGCUGUAUUUUUCUGUGCAUUAAGGGACGAGAUAAAAGCUGCAACUUAAAAUUACAGAUGUGCAUCAUCAUCCUCCUCAUCAUCAUCGAAGAUACUGCACAGCUGUGAUGGUUAACUCUCCCCCCCCCCCCGCCCCCCCCCUCCGAGGGUCUCGGUUUACACUGAUGAGUCGGGGAUGACUGGAUGUUUUAACAGGUUGCUCUCUAAUUGAAUCAGGCUUCAUGACACGCACACGUCAUCUGUGUGUCAGCUCUCCCUCUGUCAUUAACCUCUCCCCCACAUUAGAAGUUGAAUGGGGCGUUGUGUUGCUAACGGGUCUCUGCUCCAACCAAUCACAGAGGCAAAACAAAUAGCGUCCGUGAGACAAAACCCGAGACCGAGCUUGACCUUCCGCAGUUAAUUUAUUGCCGUUGCAUCGACCUGUCUGUUAUUCUUCCGUCAUGAGUUCACGAGUGGGUGCUAUCAUUCCAGGGCGGGCACUGUAUGUGUAUGAGGUUUCCAGAGUAAAUUAUAUGUAUGUGUGGUUGUUGUAUAUUGUUUGUUUUUUUGGGAUUGUGUCUCAAACUGAAAAUGUUAAAUUGUGGAAAUUGUAAAACAUAAUAAAAUAUAAAUCAUUAGUACCA